CCCCCCUCUCAAGAAAUUAAGGCAAACAGCGUGGUUUCGGCGCAGUGGUGACGCGCUGCCCAGGUGACUGUGAUGUCAGGGGUUUGUGCGGUUCUAGAUUCGGCUGGACAAGAUGGCGGCCUCCACAGGAAUUAAAGUUCCUCGUAAUUUCCGCUUGUUGGAAGAGCUUGAAGAAGGACAGAAAGGAGUAGGUGAUGGUACUGUCAGUUGGGGCCUUGAAGACGAUGAAGAUAUGACACUUACCAGAUGGACAGGAAUGAUCAUUGGACCACCAAGGACUAACUAUGAAAACAGAAUAUACAGUCUCAAAGUAGAGUGCGGACCUAAAUAUCCAGAAAUAGCACCAACUGUUAGAUUUGUAACAAAGAUUAAUAUGAAUGGAAUAAAUAAUUCCAAUGGAAUGGUGGAUUCACGUAGCAUACCUGUUCUUGCUAAAUGGCAAAACUCCUAUAGCAUUAAAGUUGUACUUCAAGAGCUAAGGCGCCUAAUGAUGUCCAAAGAAAAUAUGAAGCUUCCACAGCCUCCUGAAGGACAGGCCUACAGCAAUUAAUUUUAAUAGAUUGUUAUAACCCUCUGUCUUAAAACGUUAUUCUCCUAAAAUUUCAUGUCAAUUUUCGCAGUGCUUACCAUCCACACAUAAAGAAUUUCAUCAGCAGGUGCAGGAGUGGGACAUUUGUAAUAGUAAAAUAAAAUAUUUGCCCAUUAUGUGAGGCAUCGCUUAAAACAAAAAUUUAAAACGGCACAAUUUUGUUAUUUUUCUUUAAGGCACAGUUUGUGGAACAUAAGCUUGAAGUAUUUUAUAUGUGAAAACUUAAAAGUUGAGAAAAAACAUGACAUGAAAGUUCAGGUCAUUGCAGAGCUAUCUCUCUAUCUUCUAUCUCUAUCUAUCUCAUAAAAAAUGUACUGGUAAACAGAAAUAGGAUGUGUAUAUAUAAUGGCAUGCUUAAAAAAAAAACAUCUUAAUAAAAUAGAGCUGCAAAAUUAAAAAAUACGUUUGUUAGUGAAAUCUAGCAGAUGCACUGAAAUAUGUUGCUGGUUUUGUUAAUGAAUAUUGUGGGUGUAGACUACUAGUAGUGUCACAGUGUUUUAAUGGUUGUUUUUGAUACCUGUAUUCAUGACAAAACAAUUGAUUUCUGUAAAGCAGCUUUUGUGUGACACGUAAGACAUUGCAAAUAUUUGUUUAGCGUCUUUGUUCUGCUAAAACUUGCAUUUAACUUUUCGUGAAAAAAAAUAAGACAAUAGGUGUAUGGAAAGGUGAUUUGUCUGAGAUGUAAGUAUGGACUUCCUUUUUGACACUUCUCAUUUAGAUUCAGAGCAUUCCUUUUUAUACAUUUCUGAAAAAGACUUUGUUGUAAUUGUAAUGCAUCCAGCUUCAAGUUCAGCUGCAUGCAAUAUUAUCAUUGAGAUGUACUGAAAAUGUGGAAGUUGAACCCGCAAUUGCCAGACUGCCACAUUUCCCCAUUAUAUUCUCCCAGAGAUCAAACAUUUAAGUGCAUUAGUCUGGCUCUUGUAUGAAAUGUAAGAUUCUAAUGAUACACAUUUUAUUUUUAUGUGCCGUUAGGUAUUUUUUCUUUUCCCACGCAUAUUUUUAUUUUUAAUGUUGUGUAUUGUAACGAAAAUAAAGCUAAUUCUGACGUGAAAAA